AUGGAUCCGUCGAAUCCUGCCUGUCGCGAGCUGGCCUCGCCAAGCAUCUUCCAGGCUGUUCUGUCGACUCUGAUUGUCCUAGGCAUCGUCGUCUCCUAUCUGCCCCAGCAUCUGCGAAUCAUCUCUCUCAAGAGCUCAUUCGGGAUCUCUCCUUAUUUCAUCCUCCUCGCCGAAGAUGUCGCUUGCUGCUCAGAGAUCAGCGGACUGGCCUGCUUCGCCGGCCUUCUGGGUGUAAUCCAGAUGGGCAUGCAGUGGCUAUGCUUCUUCUCAAUCCUCCUGCUCUUCGUGAUCUACUUCCCUAGAGCAACUUCCCCAACCGAUCCAGUCUCCAACGUUGCCUCGACUGCGGGUGCGCCCACCUAUCGCACUGCCCUGGUUGUAACCGCCAUAUGCAUCCUUCAUGCCCUCGUCACAGCCAUCAUCUCAGUCGCGUUCGCUAUCCGGCGCCCCUCAGCUAUCCCGGCCUGGGCCAACUUCCUAGGGGUCCUCGCUACGAUCCUUACCUCGAUCCAGUAUUUCCCUCAAAUAUACACUACAUUCCGGCUGCGCCGGGUGGGGAGUCUGAGCAUUCCAAUGAUGUGUAUCCAGACGCCCGGUAGUCUGGUUUGGGCAGCGAGCUUGAUUGCCCGGGAGGGGGCGAAGGGAUGGAGCAUUUGGGGCAUGCUAGUUGUGACAGCUGGUCUGCAAGGCACGCUCCUAGUGAUGGCGCUAUAUUUUGAAUACCUGGGGCCGAAUGCGAAAUCCAAGGGUGGAAGAAUUGGCGAUGGGAACGGGCAAGAGGUCCCGUCUAAUGGGGAUGCUGCUCCAGAGCGCCCAGGCACCCAAGGACAGGCUUCUGUGGCUGAAGACCAGCCAUCUGAGGAGACGCCCCUCCUUCAGAGCCAAUAG